AUGUCAAGAGUAGCAAUAUUUGAUCAAAAUAGUGACAACAUCAUCGUUGAAUGUAUGUUGAAGUGGCAAGCGAUGCCCAACCGAUAUGUAAUGAUCAGUCGACAACGGUUACCGAUGUAUACGCCAAGACAAAUUAGCAGACGUUGGAAUAAUCAUCUAAAACAUGGUAAACCUUUGACGGAACGGGAGAAAUCUUUCAUCAGUUACCUGGUACCAAUAACCACGACAACCCGUGGUCAAACUUCUUGGACGCGUAUAUGUUACAAAUUAUAUGAUAGAUUCCACGUCCUUCACUCUGCCGAUAAGACAUAG